GGCUGUUUGUCGGACUUCGUGAGCGCUUACUUCCGUCGGUGGCGUCUAAGAACAAUGAGCGCGUUGACUCGGAGGACAAUAACGAGGCCGGCAAAGACAACAAUUGCGAGAAGAACAACACGGCAACCAUGGCAAUUAUUCUCGUGAGUUCCAUUUCAGGCUCAUGGCGCACUGAGUCGUGCUCUCCGUGCCCCCCUCUCCAUCCAACGACCACCACCCGCCUCUCUUUCCGCGCACGAGCUCGACAUGUUUUCGAGUCUUCUUCCCUUAAUUCCACUCCUUUGGACCUCAUCUGUUGCUGCGCAAUCUGUUUCGGUCGUCUGCGUUGCAGGUCAAUGCCUGGAAGGAUAUACGAAUAUCACUCUGGGAGCGACCUUGUCAGCGUCGGGGUACUCGACCAGCUUGCAACUCCUCCCGGGGGAGUAUACAUCUACGACCAACCCCGAACUCCUUCAUGAACUCUUGACGUCCUCCAGCGCCGCGCUCUCCGCCAGUGACGGCUUCUCCGUCAACAAAUCUGUCUCAUUACCGUUCGACAUCUCGCUUCAGCCCGGUGUCGCUGUGUACUCUGGUGCUAACUACUCCGGGGAUGCCUCCUUCAACGCCCUCCCGACGAAUGUCUCGACGAACAGCACGAAGCACCUCUCAGCUGGUUCUCUUGCGCUUGCUUCCGAUGUUUGGAUGUCGGUAUCUGGCGCGUCGUCCAACGACCGCAUCGUCUUGUGGAGCUCCGUCCCGGACGUCUCCCAGCUCCCCUCGAGCUCCCUGGGCAACUCGCUCACUCUGCUAGACAUGCAAUCGACCGCGUGCUCGUCGCCGUGCUCAUCCGGUGGCAUCUGCUCUACCUCUGGCAAGUGCGUUUGCCAGAGCGGCUUCACAGGAUCGUCCUGCGAGUCCUGCGCGUCCGGGCACUUUGGGCCGAGCUGCGAGGCCUGUCCGGUGGGCUGCCUCGACUGCGACGACGGUAUCUCUGGUACCGGCAAGUGUCUCAAGUUCAACGUGACCAACGCGCCCUCCACUUGCAACUGCGUCAAUGGAGUUUGCAAUUCGAACGGCCAGUGCACUUGCAAUGCAGGCUGGACGGCUUCUUCGAACGGCACGGCGUGCGCGACAUGCGCCAAGGGCUACUUCCUGGACUCCAGUGGCAACUGUGAAAUCUGUGCCCUAGGCUGUGAAGAGUGCGCCAACGGAACCGGUGACUGCAUCACCUGCGAGUCCGGCUUCACUCAGAGCUCCAAUGCUGCUACGCAGUGCAUUGCAACCCAGCAGACGACGUCUGGCGGUACACAGUGCCCCGACGGCAGCUUCAGCAAUGGUGCCUCCUGUGAACAAUGCUCGUCUCUUUGCCAGACAUGCACUGGCGCAACGUCCAACGACUGCAUCAUCUGUGCCACGGGCUCGUACCGAUUUAAUGGGAGCUGCCUCUCCGCGAGCAGCUCUGGAGUCUGCGAGAACUCGAACAUGAUCGCGAACAACAACAAGCAUGAAUGCGACAGUUGUUCCGCGAAGUGCACGAAGUGCGAGAUCCCUAACUUCACGACCGCGUCGACGACCAACCAAGCUCAGUGUACUGGAUGUGUCGCUGGUUUCGUGCUCUCUAAUGGGACGUGCAUCGAGAGCUGUCCGACGGGAACGUUCCUUAGCCCGAAGGACAAUCUGACGUGCACUGCAUGCGACUCGUCUUGCGGUACUUGUGCGGGAUCGUCAGACUUCUGUCUGACAUGCACCAACAACCAGCUCGCUUCCAACGGCACCUGUACUUCUUCCUGUCCGUCCAACACCGUAAGCUCAUCGGGAGCCUGCCUUGCUUGCCACCCCGACUGCGCGACCUGCACUGGGACCUCCUUUAACCAGUGCUCGGGCUGUCCUUCCGAUCGGCCGGUACUGAACAAUGGACGGUGCCUUCCUACGUGUUCACAGUCAGGAUUCUUCGACACCGCGUCGUCUUCAUGUCAAUCGUGCGAUUCCAGCUGCUUGAGCUGCUCCGGGUCUGGGCCGAACAACUGUCUCGCAUGUUCGAGCUCGAGCCAGAUUCUGCGCGGGGGCACCUGUGUGUCCGCCGGCUGUAGUAACUCCAGCAGCGUCAUCUCUGGCUUGGGGCUCUGUCUCUCCGACCUCGUCGCGACGGUUGCCUCUGGAACGGCCUCAACGCCUCUGCCCACCAUCACAGGCAUCAACUCGAACACCAAGUCGACUACUGCGACCUCGCUCGCAUGGUGGCAGAUCCUGCUCAUGACGCUCGGUUGCGCCUUCAUCUUCCUCGUCAUCGUCAUUCUCUGGCGGCGUCGCAUGCGCCGCAAGCGCGCACAGGCGACCAUGGCGUUCGCUGCGGCCAAGCGGCUCGACCGGCCACGUGGCUGGCGCCUGCGCCUCUUGCGCUUUGGCGAGCGGCUCUUCGGGAACCACCACCCCAACCGCAAGUGGAUGGUCCCAGACGAGGAGCGCGACAUCAAGCUCGAGCGCAUGCGCGGCGCGGAGGAGCAGAGACACCUCAGGACGAUGGAGAAGCUCGGCGGCUCUUCCCGCCAGCCGUCGCCGCUGCCGUCUCUGGGAGACUACCGUGACGACGGGUGGGAAGCUCGCAAGGACCAGCGUGGAUCGCUGGCGUCGAUGUCGAACGAGUCGUUGUAUACCCAUAUCACGGGGCAGCCCCGUCGUACGCCGGAGCCGCGCCAGCCUGCGCGGAAUCCCCGCGAACUCCUGCCGUCUCGGUUCUCGGACACAACGCUGGGAUCGCACGAGGUCCGUAGGCUGGAGAAGGAUAGGGCAGAGCAGGACCGCUCGCCUACGCCUGCGCAGGAGUAUGCGCGAUCGUGGAUGGUACAGGAAGAGGAUACGAGCCGAGGUUCAUAUUGGCUCAAGCCCUCGAAUACCGGCGGCUCCAAGAAUCCGUUCCGACGAUGAAGUCCUUGGUGACCUGACGUCAAGACCCUUCAUGCAUGAUACUUUCGCAUUUGCUUUACCCUUCAUGGACCUCUGUACGGAUGACACUUGACAUUUCGCAACGACGUCUCGCACACGACUACCUCUGUCUCAAUGUAGUAUACUUACGCCAUGUAAUCAUGCUGUAGCCUUAAUUUGU